AUGGUCUGUGUGGGUCUUACUGUUGCAUUUGUGGCAUCCUUAUGCGCCUCUGUCUGUGCCAAAGAUGCCGUGAAGAUUCCCUUGAAGAGGUCUGGAUCCCGCGCGAUGCAAAAUGUGGUCAAGCGGGACAUCUCUCGUUUUGCUCCUCGCCCAGAGCUUGCUACAGUACCAGUUGCCAACGAUGCUAUCAACUACCUGGCCAAUGUCACUGUUGGUACCCAGACAUUCUACCUUCUUGUUGACACAGGCUCCGCGAAUACAUGGGUCGGUGCCAAUAAAACCUACAUUCCGGGCGACCUCGGUUAUGCUUCUUGGCUUUAUUAUGUGGAGGUUACCUACGGCUCAGGAUAUUUCAAUGGAACAGAGUACUUCGACACUGUCAUCUUUGGGGGCCUCACCGUUCACAACCAAUCCAUCGGUGUGUCGAGCUACGAAGAAGGAUAUGGCUAUCAAGGCCUCGACGGUAUCCUAGGUGUCGGAGCGAUCAUUCAGACCAAUGGUACCGUCAAUGGCACGGAACUCGUUCCAACCGUCAUGGACAACCUCUACGCCCAGGGUGUAAUUGAAGAAGAGGUGCUCGGUGUAUAUUUUGCUCCUUUGUCGCGGAACUCCACACUUGAGAUCAACGGCGAGCUUACUAUCGGUGGUGUCGAUGACAGGCAUUAUAUUGGGAACAUCACUUACGUGCCAACCUGGAAGUCCGGCGACCAUGUUUCCUCAUGGGGGUUGACCGUGGAUGAAAUUACCUACAACGGCACACACGUUGGCGACUCUUGGUCAGCCAUUGUUGACACGGGCACAACCAACAUCUACAUCCCUGAGUCGGCGUAUACGCCAUUCCUCAACGUAUCCGGCGGAACGUAUGACUAUAACGUUCAUCUCUCCAAGUUCGCGGCUAAGCCCACUGGCAACUUCGCGUUCUCUAUUGGCGGCACUUUAUUCGAACUCACCCCGGACCAGUACCUCGUGCCUCAGGACGAAUACUCGGUCUGGAACAUUCCCGAUGACGGCAAUUACUACUCUUUCAUCAGCACCGCUGGCCCCACUUACUUCUUCAUCGGGCAAAAGUUCCUCGAGAACUACUACGCCGUGUUCGACACCACCAAUGUCCGCAUUGGCCUUGCGCCGGCUAAUCACUCGCCCUAA